UAUGACACAACAGUUUUAACUGGAAAAACACUUUUGCAGUAAUGUUAAGGGCUAUUUACAAUGAUAAUAAAAUUGUAUUAGGAAUGGCGCCAAGGUGUCGCCAUUUUCAUGAAACUUUACCAAGACGGUAAAUCGAGAAGGCUGUGGGGAGGAACAAUUCCUGAAAGGAAGUGUGCGAGUCGGAAAACAGCAGGAAAAAUCGCUAAAAAGCAAGAAUAAUGUACUGGCCUGUGCAUCGAAAAGAAUAGGAUUGAGUACGGUACACAAAAAUGCAAGCUGAAAGUAUUUGCACUACUGAUAUCGAGGGUCUGGACUCUGACACCCUUAUUCCAGUUGAAAUUCUUUCCUGUGACGUGUCUCAUCGUGCGAGAUCCCAAGAUGCCUUGUCGAUAGUGGAGCUGGGAAAACAGCUGUUGUUUAGUGCAAAAUAUGGAGACACGGAUACUGUUCGUGAUUUAAUGUGCAGAGGUGCACCCUUUACUACAGACUGGUUGGGCACAAGCGCGUUACAUUUUGCUGCACAAAAUAAUCAUACAGAUACCGCAGAGGUUUUACUUAGAGCUGGAAUUUCAAGGGAUGCAAGAACAAAAGUUGACAGAACACCUUUACAUAUGGCUGCAUACGAAGGCCAUCACCAGAUGGCACAAUUACUUCUUAAUUAUGGUGCAGAUGUUGAUAGUAGAGACAUGUUGAAAAUGACUCCUUUACACUGGGCAGUGGAACGAGAACAUAUAGAAGUAAUGCACGUUCUAUUGGAACAUGGAGCAGAUGCAAAUGCCACUAGUAAAUUUGACAAAACACCGAUUAGUCUUGCAUUGGAGCACGACAGAUUGGACUUGGUAGAUAUAUUACAACAAGAGCGAGAGAUCAUAGGCAUAAGAGCUCAUCAGCAAAAUCAAGUGAGUUCAGCGGAACUAGAAGUUGCAACUCAUAAUUUAAUACAGUUGGAAUCCGAAAGGGAGGAAGAACAACAGAAAUUUGAAUUGUCGCAACAACCGUCGCAACCUAGAAGAAAGAUAACACAAGUACAAGUGGGAAAAAAGCCACGAAUGAUCUUUCAACAAAUUCACGUUGAGCCAAAUACCGAUGCCGACCAAGAAAAAGAAGUAGAAGACAUGGAUGAAAUUGCCAAUCCGAAUAAUAUUAACAGUAAAAAGCGUAAAGAUAUUACAGCUGUUGGAGGAGUGAACAAGCAGUUUAGAUUAUUAGAAGCUCAUGGAAUCACAAUGAUACCUGUAGAUAAUGAUUCUUCCAUUGUAGAAAAUGCCAUGGAAAGCGGAAGAACAGUCGUUUUAACGGGAGUGAAACGACUUCAAGUAGCUGGGAAAAAAGGAACUCCUAGAAAAGUGAUAGCAAUUAGAGCAGAUCAAAUUUUAAAUCAUAAUACACCUACCUUAACAUCCAGAGGACCAAAUAUAUUAAAAAGAUCUUCUGUGGAUAAUAAAACUGGAAAAUUAUUCAUUUCCUCUAUUUCCAGUACUACACCCAUACCAACACUCACGCAAUCGAAAAACAUAAUAUCUUCGCCGGAGAACAAGAUAAUUAGUUCUCCCACCAAAAUGGAGCCAAUCAUUCUACAAUUAGACGACGAUAUAGAAGAAAUUACCGAAGAGGAUAAUACGGAUAAUAACGAACCGGUAAUGGACAUUGCCGUACUGAAUAGACAAUUAGCGGAAGCUCGAAGACAAGCAGCCGAGUACCGUAAGCGGCUUCAAAAGAAAGAAGAAGAAGCAGAAAUAUAUAAACAACAACUUAAAAACAUAACAGCGCAAAGAACAUCUAAGUGAUUUCAUAUGAGUAUGUUUUGCAUUCAUCUUAAUUUUAUUAGUAGCCCUGCGUUUUCUACAAAAAGCUUUUAACGUAUACAAUGUUCAGUUUUAUAAAAGAACUCGAUUGAAAAUUGUAUCCUUAUACUUUAAUUUGUUUAUCUUUUUCAAUACCACAUUACGAAGCAUUGUAAUAGUACUUACGCAAGCUUUUCAUAACUAACUGCUUAUUUUUGUAAAGAGUAUUUUUAAGAACCUAUAAGAUUUUCAAUUGCAUAUUGCAACUACUCUCGAUAUAUAUCGGAAAAUUUAAUUUUUUAUUUUACAGGGCAUAAUCGUAUAUUUAAUAUAUGGAUGCUUUUUAAAAGCUGCCAAUGUUAUGUAUAAUUGAGUCGGGUUUUUACAACAAUCAAAUGUUUUUUAAAAGUGUACAUGUGUAUACACAAAAUGUUCAAUUUGCUUUCCACAUAAUGUUCUCCAAUAAAUUGAAACAAAACUCGCUUUUUUUUAUACAGUAACGUUAGUUUCAGAGUAAUUCGAAUUAUGAAUUUAAUAUUUAUUAUUAUUUAGUUAUUUCUGUUAUAAACCACUAUAAAACGACAGUAUGUCUUGACAUUGUAUAGAAUUUCCACAUUGAACGUGUUGUUAUAUAUUAUUAAAACAAAAACUAAUAUAAAAAGUAAGUAAUGGAUAUUAAAGGAAAACGAGUAUUUUUAAAUUGUAUAUGAUCGAUUUUGUACAUAGUAAAUUUUUAUAUAUAUCGUAAGAUUGCAUAGUAAUCGGAAAAUGAUUAUGCAGUAUUGAUGAAUAACUAGAAUUGUCACAAUUUCUAUAAAAGUUUUAAAAUGUUAUAAAUAUAACAUAAAGUUGAUAAAAUUGAGUAAAAAAAUUGUUUCUACUAAAACACAAAAUGUGGAAAGCAAAUGAUUAAAUUAAAUAGAUUUAUCAAUUGCGUAAAAUGAGUUUUACUUAAAGAAUAGAUUUAUGCAUUAUUUGGAUACUGUUGUCACUUUAUAUAUUUUCGUACAAAUAGGGUGAUUUCAUUCCAAGUAUAUCCUCAACAGUUCUAGAGCGAUGAACGCAUAAGCAGUUUAAAUGUGUUGUGAACGGAUGAAUAAUAAGCCUUUUUUUUUUUUAUCUAACAGCCUGUACGGUGCUAUGUAUUCAACUGAUACCCCAAUAUUGAAACUUCUAGUUUAAGGACACAUGACAAAUAGGAUUAUGUACAGCAGACAAAAGAAAGUAGUCUACUCAGGUAAAAAUGGCGUCGUGUAUAAAGUAUGAGAGGGAAUUGAACAGUAUCAAACAUCAUCAAACACAACCAUUGAUAUAAUACUAAGACCUUUUUCUAGUAAUAUAUGUUGUAAAUACAAUCAUUUAUACAUACGCUAAUAGGAGUUGUUGAUGCAAAGUUAGAAGAACUUUAAUUCUGAAAUAAACAUUUUAUAUUUCAUGAA